GUUUAGUUCCUUGGCCUAUGCUGUUUAAACAUCCGUGUCCUCGGUGGCUGUAUUGUUUGGUGAGCAGACUUCCUCACCAUCGCCUCCCAAGGAGGGUUUACAUCGCCGCCCAAGAUGUCAUCCAGGGCAUCUCUCGGGACCUCAGUCCUCAGGUCCCGCCCCUCAACCAGUGAAGGACCCUCCGACCCAUCAUCGCUGUCCUCCACCCCCGACCUCCCCACCGCCACCGAAAACCAACAACACCAACAACCGCCAUCCCUAACAAUAUCACCCGCAACACCCUCCCCAAACGAAACCACCACCACCACCGCCACCUCAUCCCCAUCCACCCUCUCCCAAGAGAAAGAAUCCCCCAACCAGCACAAUGCCUCACUCAACCCCAACAACCAACCCCCCUCACAACCCGAAGAUGAACCGCCCUUCUCAAUCCACACCCCCCUCCAAAAAAACCUCAUCGCCUUCGCCGCCUCCCUCGCCGCCCUCUUCUCCACCCUGUCCUCCUACAUCUACUACCCGGCCCUCACCCGCAUCGCCGAGGACCUCAACGUGUCCCUCAUGCUGGUGCAGCUGACCAUCACGUCCUACCUGGUCGUGGCAGGGGUGGCGCCGGCGUUCAUGGGCGACAUGGCGGAUCGCGGGGGGCGGCGGCCGGUUUAUGUGCUGAUGUUCGCGCUGAUGGUGGGGGCGAAUGUGGGGAUUGCGGUGCAGAGGAGGUAUGAGGCGUUGUUGGUGCUAAGGAUGGUGCAGAGUGCGGGUUCGUCGGGGAUGUACGGCGCUGCGUAUGGGGUUAUUGCUGAUAUUGCGACCAUUGAUGAACGGGGUUCGUUUGUGGGUGUGUUGUUACUGAUGACCGAUUUCGCCACGAGCUUGGGGCCGGUCAUCGGGGGUGGUUUGACGCAGGGGUUCGGCUGGCGUUCGAUAUUCUGGUUCCUCGUCAUAUUUACCGGAUCGCACUUUGUUCUCAUGCUGCUGUUCUUCCCUGAAACCCAGCGAAAGAUCGUGGGAAACGGGAGUAUCAAGCCGAAGGGGUUCAUCUACCAAACAUUCUUUUCGCUGAUCCGGAAGACGAGAAAAACAAAGGAUAGCGAGGUGGCAGUAGUGGGCGAGAAGAAGGAGACCGAAGAGGGAGCGCCACGGAAACGAAGGCUCCAGUUUCCAAAUCCUUUAGCUUGCUUGCCGGUGCUAGCAAACAAAGGGUCUCUGCUCGUCAUUCUCAUUACGACCAUCAACUACGCGGUUAAGGCAGCGCUACAGACAUCGCUUGAUGCGCAGUGCGUCGAAUUGUAUGGGCUGAACUACGUUCAAGCGGGAUUGAUAUACCUCCCUUCAGGGGUAGGGGGCGGGGUUGGGUCGUACCUUGCUGGCAAGUUUAUUGACUGGAACUACCGCCGUACCGUCGACCGCCUGUCGAAGGAACACGGGGGGCAGUACGACAGAAAGUCCCCUGACUUCCCCCUCGAAAAGACGAGGCUCAGAGGCGCGUACCUUUUGAGUGCGAUUACGGUUGUAGGGCUUAUCGGCUACGGCUUAACUCUCAAAUUCCGAUGGCACAUUGCCGUCAUGUUGGUAAUGCAGCUGCUGACGGGGACCACAACGGCUGCUCUAUUCGUUCUCUGCGGAACCCUCCUAACAGAUCUCAACAUGGACCGAUCCGCCACUGCCCAGGCAGCCAGCAAUCUGGUUCGUUGCCUCAGUGCCGGCGGAGCGGUAGCCAUCUUACAGCCAAUGGUCGAGAAUGUGGGCCCAGCGGGAUGCUUUGCAAUUUACGCGUCUAUUAUUUUCCUCGGGAUUCCCCUAACUUGGGUAUUGGAAAGGUACGGCGUGUCUUGGAGAAAGGGACAGCCGAUUACUUCUUAGUAGAGCCACCGGACUGGACGACACCAAGUCGAGCUACCUAAUGAUAAUAGUAUUGACCUCUACCACCUCUUGCCCCUUAACCUCCCGGAAUGCACGUACAGCUCUCUGAAUUCGACGAUACGAACACAACAAGAACCGCAGUAUAAGCUGCCGUUGCUGCAAAUAUCUCGGCCCGUCGUGCGUUUGUGAGGAUCCCGACGCUAACGGCAAAUAAAACUGUGAGCGUG